AUGUUCGUGAAGCGGAAUUAUGGGAAAAAUCACGGUCACGCAGGAAAUGGCGGACGGGGCAGUGGCGUCUCGGAAGGUAUACGAGGCAGCGGCGUCUCGGAAGGUGCACGAGGCAGCGGCGUCUCGGAAGGCAGAAGAACGUUCAGGUAUAAGUGUCACAGAUGCCGAAAAGUAGGCCACAAGGCCGCUGAAUGUCCAGACAAAGGUAAGACUGUUGCCAAUUCUUACAAAAGUGAAGCGAACUGUUCCGACAACGUGGGACUCGUUACCGCGGAAUGUUAUCAUGUUGAACAGAAUCACAAAAGACUGAAAUGGUGUCUAGACAGUGGCGCAACGUCUCACUUAUGUAAAGACAUUAGUUGUUUUUCUGACCUUGAACGUAGACAUGAUCAUUUGAAUUUAGCCAAAUAG